AUGAAAUUUGAAAUAACAAUAAAUUUGCAUGGUUCAAUUUAUCAUCAAUUGUUCCCUUUGAUAAAUAUUCUCCAGCAUGAUGCACAACUGAAUUAUUAUGGAAAUCGCCUAGCCACUUGUUCCAGCGAUAGGAUCGUUAAAAUUUUCGAGGUGAAAGCAAAUGGUUACAUAGUGCCCAUAGCAGAACUUGCUGGCCACUCCGCUCCUGUUUGGCAAGUGUCAUGGGCGCACCCAGAUUUUGGUGGACUGUUAGCUUCGGCUGGUUACGACAGGAAAGUGAUUAUAUGGGCAGAAAACAAUGGGCGUUGGCAGAAAUCGCAUGAAUGGAUAGGUCAUGAAGCCAGUGUCAACUCCGUUGCGUUCGCUCCUCAUCAAGUGGGCCUCCUCCUUGCAACUGCAUCAGCAGACUCUUCGAUAGGCAUACUCGAAUUUAACCCUCAAAGUGCUCAAUGGGUGGAGUCGAAAAUUAUCAAGGCUCAUGACCAGGGAGUCAAUGCCGUAUCAUGGUGUCCUGUUCAACGAGUGCGUGAUGACGGUGGUGAACAGCCUUGUCGAAAAAGACUGGCUUCUUGUGGCAACGACAAGCUCGUCAAAAUCUGGGUUGUGGACGAGAAGGGUGAGUGGACCGUAGAAAAAUCGUUAGCGGGUCACUCCGAUUUUGUACGAGAUGUGGCGUGGUGCCCAGUCGUCAAUCAUUCAACAUACACAAUUGCCAGCUGUGGAUUGGUAUUUAUUUACUGCAUAGUUUUUGAUUUUUAG